AUGUCAGGAGCUAGUAGACUUAAUCCCGAAGACGAGAGGAUCCUCCAAAGGAUAAGAAGAGCAGAAAGAGGAAAGGGGAUAGUCGGUGAAGAGGAAUCAGAGGAAGAGGACCAAGUCAUGGAGAACGAUAUGCAUAAUCCUCCUGGAGGAGCUGCUAACAAUGAUGGACCACCUAGAAGGGUGCUAUCUUCUUACACCAUCCCUGAUCCAAAACAUUGUGGGAGCAGUAUUGCCACUCCAACUGUUCAGGCCAAUAACUUUGAGUUAAAACCCCAACUCAUCACUUUGGUACAAAACAACUGCUCCUAUGGAGGGGGACCUCUUGAAGACCCAAAUCAACAUCUGUCUGUUUUUCUAAGGAUAUGCAAUACAGUGAAGACCAAUGGAGUACACCCAGAUGUCUACAAACUGCUGCUAUUUCCGUUCUCUUUGAGGGACAAAGCCACUCAAUGGCUAGAGUCAUUCCCUAAGGAAAGCCUCAAUGAUUGGAAUGAAGUGAUGAGCAGAUUUCUAGCAAAGUUCUACCCACCUCAAAAGAUCAUCAAGUUGAAGACAGAGGUUCAGACUUUUAGGCAAAUGGAUGGAGAGUCGUUAUAUGAAGCCUGGGAAAGGUAUAAGGCACUAAUGAGAAGAUGCCCACCUGACAUGUUUAGUGAUUGGGUUAAACUCCAAAACUUCUAUGAAGGCUUAAGUCCAGAAGCAAGGAAAGGACUGGAUUACUCAUCAGGAGGAUCACUCAACAUGAUGAAGACAGCAGAAGAAGCUCAAGACCUCAUUGAGAUUGUGGCAAACAAUCAGUACUAUUACUCAUCAGAGAGGCAACAUAACCCAGCCCCAAAGAAAGGCAUAAUGGAGCUUGAAGGUGUUGACGCUAUCUUGGCACAAAAUAAGUUAAUGCACCAACAGAUUCAGCAACAAAUGGAAAUGAUAACAAAGAGAAUGGAUGGCCUCCAACUAGCAUCAGUGAACACAACAAAUCAAUCAUCACUUGAAUGGGGCGAAGGUGAAGGGACCAUUGUUGAACAGCCACAAGAACAAGUUCAGUACAUGCAGAAUACUUCAAAUUCUCAGGAUGAAUUCCAUGGUGAUACAUACAACCCAUCCUGGAAAAAUCACCCUAACCUGAAGUGGGGUGAAAACCAUUGGCAAAAGAACAAUAACCACAACCACACCCGUAACACAAACAACCAAAACCACCAUGCCACCAACACUAACCAAUAUAGAAAAACACAAAAUACAUAUCAACCACCUCAUAAUAAUUCACAAACUCACCAAAACAACUUUCCUGCACCAACAUACAACUCACAAAAUUACCACACUAAUCCUCCCAAUAACUUCCAGCAACAACAUUCAGCCCCCAUCAUAUCCCCUCUUGACCAUCAUGAGACCAGAAUCUCCAGUCUUGAAGCCACCUUGCAAGCACUCAAUCAAACCACACAAGCACUUGCUCAAAGCACUCAAACCUUAAUCAAGGGACAAAAGGAACAUGAGGUCACCAUAAAGAAUAUUGAACGACAAGUGGGACAAUUAGCCAAACAAGCUGAACGGCCAACCAAUAUUCUCCCAAGUGAUACGAUACCCAACCCAAGAGACACAGAAAAAGCCAUAAAAUGGGAGGAGUGUAAAGCAAUCACCCUGAGAAGUGGGAAGAAAGUGGAGACAGAAGCCAUUACUCAGGAAGAGCACAUCAAAGAAGGCUUAAAAGAAGAGGUGAAGGAACAAAAGCAGGAGCAAGAAACUGAUACACAAAGUGAUAAAUUAACUAAGAAGGAGGCAGUGAAAGCAUACCAACCAAUGCUCCCAUACCAUCAAAGGUUUAAAGGAGAAAACAAAGAGAAGCAAUAUUCCAAAUUCUUGGAAAUAUUCAAGACACUACACAUCAACAUCCCCUUCAUUGAAGCACUUGAACAGAUGCCCCUAUAUGCUAAGUUCAUGAAGGAAUUGUUGACAAAGAAAAGAUCCUUGAAAGAGGGACAAACGGUUGUGAUGACCAGGGAGUGUAGUGCCAUCAUCCAGAAAAAGUUGCCAAAGAAGAUGAAAGACCCAGGGAGCUUUCACAUCUCCUGCACAAUAGGCAACAUGAUGAUUGAGAGAGCAUUUUGUGAUCUUGGUGCAAGCAUAAAUCUGAUGCCUCUAUCUUUGAUGAGGAAGCUUCAGAUUCAUGAAUUGAAACCUACAAAGAUAGCCCUUCAAAUGGCGGACAAAUCUAUUCAGCAAGCACUCGGGGUUGUAGAGAAUGUAUUAGUAAAGGUGGACAAAUUUUUCCUCCCAGUUGACUUUGUCAUCCUAGACAUAGAGGAAGAUGACAACACCCCCAUUAUUCUAGGGAGGCCCUUUUUAGCUACUGCCAGGGCAUUGAUAGAUGUCGAAAAAGGAGAAUUAAUGCUAAGGGUGCAUGAUGAGCAUAUAGUGUUCCGUGUCUUCAAGAAUUUGCAAGACUCCACCCAAGAGGAAGAGUGUAUGAAGAUUGAUUCCAUAGAUCCAAACUUGAAAGAGGCACCUGAUGAGGCACUUCCAAGCUCAUGCUGGAAAGAAAAUGAAGAAGUGGAGGUGCUGCAACAAGCUUAA